CAUCAUCAUAGCCAUUUUGGCUCAAGCAUGUGCUGACUCAGAGGCCACUGCGGUGCACGUGCGCCGCCCCGCCAUUUCGUUCCGCCGCGCCAGUGUUCUUGCCACUGUGAUUCUCUGAGCUCGAUGGUCAGCGCAGUUCGCCUUAGCUGGAUUGUUGAACAUUUUGCUCUUGGUAGAAGGUGCCGGGUGCGGAUUAAUACGCAUCGUGAUCGUGUGCUUGUCCAUUUGAGGUGUUUCUUCCUCUCGGUGAUGAAGUGAGCGCGCUCAACUUGUUAUGACCUUGGUUGCGCAAUCGAUGCUGCAGUCAGACUGCAGCAUCGAGACUGUCUCGUGGUGAGCUCGCGUGGUUGAUCAUGGCCAUCGGUCUUCAGAGGGUUUAUCACAUAUUACUUUCAGCAUGAGGAGUCUGCUGAAACCUUUGCUGCACAAUUCUGAUGUUCUUCCUGCUCGUGCGCGUACUCUGCGUGUUUCUGGAGAUCCUGAAGGUCAUGGCGGUGAUGGCGGUCCUGGAGGCAGAGUUCCUCGUGACGACGUCCGAGAUGCUGCUGUUUUUUUUGGCCCGGCGGGGGUUGGUGGCUUUGUUGUCGCUGGAGGUGCUCAAGUUGCCAGCGCUGCUCUCCGAGAUUGGCCUGGUUCUCCUGACGCAGCUGCUCGUCUUCGUGGAGGUGCUGGGGCUGCUCUUCCUCCCCGCGAUGCUGCUGACGAUCGUGAAGCCUCUGACGUUCGUGAUGGGCUCUCGUGGAGCUGCUCACGUUUGUGGAGCUGCUCAUGCUCGCGUUCUUCGUGAAGAUUUUCGAGAUGCUGCUGAUCUUCCUGACCGUGUGGCGGUUUGCGGCCCUCCUGCUGCUGACGGCUCUCCAGGUGACCGCGCUGCCCUCCGAGAAAGUGCUCGUCUCCUCGAUGAAGCUGCUCGCCUUCAUGACGGUGCUGGGGAUGCUCUCCCCCCCGGGGUGCUGAUGACGAUCGUGGCGCCUUUGGCGUUGGUGGAGCUGUUGGGGCUCGUGGAGCUGCCGUCGCUCGUGGAGCUGCUGACGCUCGCGUUCUUCGUGGAGAAGUUCGAGGUGCUGCUGAUGUUCCUGGUCCUGCGGAGGCUUGUGGUUUUCCUGUUGAUUGCGGCCCUCGAGAUGACCGCGCUUCUCUGCGUGACUGGCCUGGUCUUCCUGAUGCUGCCGCUCGUCUUCGUGAAGGUGGGGGCUGCUCUCCAUUCCCGUGGGGCUGCUGAGGAUCGUGAAGCUGUUGACAUUCGUGGAGCCGUGGAGGUCUUGGAGCUGCCGACUUUUAUGGAGCAGUUGGCGUUCGAGGAGACGCGGGCGUACGUGAAAAAGUUGCUGAGGUUCGUACUCGCCCUCGUGAGGAUGGAGUUAUGCGUGCUUGCCCUUCGGAAGGUGCUGAUCACCGACUUGUCGCUUUUCACGGUGGUGGUGCUGUUCCUGCUUGUGGGAGCGCUGGGGGUUCUGAUGCUCUAACGGCGCCCCCGCCUCGCAAGAAGGCGCGUGGCGAGGACAACGAGGAUCAUGGUGGUGGUUCGGAGCUCCCUGCAGGUGUUUCGUGCUGACGCUUUUCCUAUUCUUGCCAUGUCGAGUGCUGGUCCGUUUGAUUUCGUGAGAGGGCCGGUGCCUCCAGAUAUCAGGGUAGAAGACAGCCAUUAAUCUAUUCAUGCGCAAGCCGUGCACGGCCGAUACAGUGAUGGCUUCAUUCGAUUCUCUAGCAAGCUAUUUUGAAGGCAAGCUUGGUACCUGGAGCCAACACUUCUGCAAUUCAUUUCGGCUCCCGAAGCUUGCCUGGCCACUUUUGUAUUCUAAGGCUCGAGCGUUUCAUGCGCAACUUGAAGGAGCUUGUCGUCUGGCGGUGGCCGCUACGGAGGUACUCAGAGUUCAAAGAACGCAUCAUCACCCUCAUCCUCCUCAUCCUCAUCCUCAUCCUCAUCGUCGUC